AUGUUGGGACAAAUUGACACGUACAACAGAUAUCUGACCACUGAAGGCGAUAAUGGCGGUCCAGAAGCAUUUUACGACACAAUCACCUGUGACACUGAUGACGACGGAUUGAUCCGGAUAGGGUCCCUUGGCUUUAGAAAAGUCUACUACGCCGCACCACAAAAAUCAACCUUCAUCGAGUGUCACAGACUUUGUCGAGGAAAAAGAACUAAACUCGGGAGGCAAAUGCACUUGGCCGAGUUCCUAAAUCUAGAGGAGCAGUAUAACUUCAGUAACCUCACUUUUACCCACAACUGUACCGAUAUUAGACAAACGGAACUCUGGGUUGGAGGGAUCGCGUUGGAUUACCUGUUAAGCAACAGUCCUAGACAAGUUCCAACCUCAAAGUGGAUUUGGAUUCAUUCCGGAAAGUCAUUCGAAGACGGGAUGGGCGCCUGGAACCCGGGCGAGCCAAAUCGUGUCGUGCAACUGAACCUGGAAUAUGAGGCCUGCGUUAUGGUGCGGCCAUAUUCAUAUCCAUAUUCUCGGCACGGUCUGAAUGAUGCACACUGUUCGGCAGUGCGCCCGUGCGUUUGUGAGGGGGCGAUUAUUUGAAAUGCAGUUAAAAUUAUUGUGAAGAAUAUGAAUAUUA